CUGUUGAGGCGAACUGAGCAGACUCUCCCCACCCUUGUGCUCCACGCUGCCAACCUACCUCAUCCGAUCCGCAAACAGCUUCCCUUACAUCUGUAUCAACAUAUACAUAUAUAUAUAAACCGGAUUAUAUGCUGCACCGACUCAUGAGGAUUUCCCUACGACUUCUUUUCCAAGCUGCACUGCGGAAAUCUCUUUGAAAUCAAUCGGGACUCUCCUACUGCUUCAAACCAGAAGUGCCAGCCACAGGAAUCGGGUUGUGUGUGUGUGUGUGUGUGUGUGUGUGUCUGUGUGCGUAAUUGCCCAGUUUGUGUCUGUGUGGAGCUCUGCAGGCCGAGAGUUUUACAUUACUCAGCUCAACCAUGUACCAAGUCGUGAGGAAGCUGUUCUUUACGGACUGCCAGUGCGCUGAAGAUGCGUCGAAAACCUACGAGGAUCUGUUCGCCAAGCUGGACACCAACAAGGAUGGAAAGGUGGAUGUGUCCGAGCUGAAGGCAGGCCUGGCCGCUAUGGGCAUCAAAACUGGGAAAGGAGCCGCUCAGAAAAUAGUUUCCUCCGGAGACCAGGACAAGGACGACGGGCUCGACUUCAGCGAGUUCACCAAGUAUCUGAAGGAACAUGAGAAGAAGUUACGGCUCACCUUCAAGAGUUUGGACAAAAACAAUGACGGUCGAGUAGACUUCAUGGAGAUACAACAGUCGCUUGCCGAUCUGGGACUGGACAUCAGCAAAGAGGAGGCACAGAAAAUCCUUCAAAGUAUAGAUAUGGACGGCACUAUGACUGUGGACUGGAAUGAAUGGAGGGAACAUUUCCUGUUUAACACAGCCACCAGCCUGCAGGAGAUUAUCCGUUACUGGAAGCACAGCACGGUGCUGGACAUUGGUGACAGCCUCGCCAUCCCAGAUGAGUUCACAGAGGAGGAGAAGACGACCGGUCUGUGGUGGAAGCAGCUGUCAGCUGGGGCCAUGGCAGGCGCCGUGUCCCGUACAGGAACCGCCCCGCUAGACAGGAUGAAGGUGUUCAUGCAGGUGCAUUCCUCUAAGAGCAACAAAAUCAGCCUGGUUGGUGGUUUUAAGCAAAUGCUAAAAGAAGGAGGCUUGACGUCUCUGUGGAGAGGAAACGGUAUCAACGUACUGAAGAUUGCUCCUGAGACUGCCAUUAAAUUCAUGGCCUAUGAGCAGUAUAAGAAGCUGCUGUCCAGUGAACCAGGCAAGGUCAAGACCCACGAGAGGUUCAUGGCUGGAUCGCUGGCCGGAGCCACAGCACAAACUGCCAUCUACCCCAUGGAGGUGAUGAAGACCCGUCUGACCCUGAGGAAGACCGGUCAGUACUCAGGAAUGUUUGACUGUGCCAAGAAAAUCCUGAAGAAGGAGGGAGUGAAGGCAUUUUACAAGGGCUACAUCCCCAAUAUUCUGGGCAUCAUCCCCUACGCUGGCAUAGAUCUGGCGGUGUACGAGAGCUUGAAGAACUACUGGUUGUCCCGCUAUGCCAAAGACACAGCCAAUCCCGGCAUUCUGGUGCUGCUUGGCUGUGGCACCAUAUCCAGCACGUGUGGCCAGCUGGCCAGCUACCCCCUGGCUCUGAUUCGCACCAGGAUGCAAGCACAAGCUUCUGUCGCGGGCUCAGAGCAGCUGCCCAUGAACCUGAUGGUGAAGAAGAUUCUGGAGAAGGAGGGCUUCUUUGGACUUUACCGUGGCAUCCUGCCCAAUUUCAUGAAGGUCAUCCCGGCCGUCAGCAUCAGCUACGUGGUGUACGAGUACAUGCGGUCUGGCUUGGGUAUUCAAAAGUAGGCAGCAGGUUUCUCGGGACUGUGUGUGUGUCUGUGAGAGUGUAAGCAUUUUGUUUUAUUUCAAACCGUCGUGUAAAGAACUUGUUUACCUUUAGGUCACCAAAGUCUGGACUCAAACUGCUGCAGAUGGAGCCACUGUAGAGGUUUUUUAAGUGAUUUGCAGGUCUUUGGCUAAAGUCUUUAUAAAAAAUGAAUUGUUUACAACAUCAUGUAAUGCUCACACGGGGCUGACAAUGUUUAUUCAGACUUCUACAGUGUUUCCAAAUGUAUGUUGUUUGUCCAACCUGCGUUUAGCUUGAACCCACAGAUUUAAGUACACUCAGGGCCCAGUUUGGGUCAACUGACUUUCAGUGUAAUCAACCCAAGAUGUGGAUAAGAAUUGAUUUUUUUGUUUUGUUUUGUUGAAUUGUUCCUUUGGGUAGAAAUAUCUAUGUUUUUAUAAGAGUCAUUUGCACCAGAAAUAUGUCACAUGUUCCUCUAAUAUUUGAGCAAAAGGCACCUUAUUGCACCAAAUCCAAAAGAUAGCUGAGGAUUCACACCCUUCCAUUUAUUUACAGACACUCGUCCAGCUUUUAUAUAGUUUCUUUAAAAUAUUGUGUCAGAUGUCCCUUGUGAGCGGCGAGCUGUCUCUUAGAAAUCUGAGGAAACUUUUGAAGUGCAAUACUGUAUUUACUCUUCGGCGAUUCACGUGUUGUUAUGAAUGAGCCACGGAUUUCACCCCGGUGUUGUUGGUUCCACAAACGUCUCUUUUUUUUUUUUUUUCAUUAUUGCACCUUUUUCAGUGAGUUUGGUGAACAGGGGAGUAACGUGCCUUAUGUGCUUUUUCUCAGAUAUCUGUGGACUUUUCGCCCUUAAUGUUUUGCCUUUCUUUUCCAAUAUUUGUUUAAUUAGAUGCUGGUGUUUACAUUAAUAAAAGCAUUCGAAUACAAA